AUGGUCGGCACGAACGGCACGUUUCUCGAAGCUCUCACCGUGUGCAUCACCAGCUGCAUCACUGCCGAUGCCUUAUAUCACAGAGGUUACGCGGACAUAUUUUCCAAGCUACUACAGGAACGGAUCGUAUGCUUGAACGGUGCCAUUGAUGAUACGGUCUCGGCUGCUGUUGUGGCACAGCUUUUAUGGCUCGAAUCAGAUGCCCCCGAGAAACCGAUCACAAUGUACAUCAACUCGCCAGGUGGUGAAGUUAGCUCUGGUCUCGCUAUAUAUGAUACUAUGUCUUAUAUCAAAUCACCUGUAUCAACGGUGUGCGUCGGGGCUGCUGCAUCCAUGGCAGCAAUUCUUCUUAUCGGAGGCGAGGCCGGCAAGCGUUUUGCGCUUCCACACAGUUCGAUAAUGGUACACCAGCCACUAGGGGGAACUCGGGGACAAGCUGCAGACAUUUUGAUAUACGCGAACCAGAUACAGCGGCUGCGCGGGCAGGUGAACAAAAUAGUCCAGAGCCAUAUAAACAAGUCAUUUGGGCACAUGAAAUACAGCAUCGAGGAAAUCAACGACAUGAUGGAGCGAGAUAGAUACUUGACCGCUGAAGAGUCAAAAGAGCAUGGCAUCAUAGACGAGAUCUUGGUCAAGCGGCCGCUUGACGGCGAUAAGACAUCAGAUGCGACUUAA